AUGUGGAGCAGCACACGCUCCACGGGCUCCGUCACCAGUGAUUGCACAUUGAGCUCUGUUCAGCGCUCCGUGCUGAACACCGCCGCAGUGCUGGAGGAUUUGGAGGGGUCUGAGGAGUACGAAUAUAGCCGGCUCUUGCCCAUCCUACUCGAGAUGGAGCGCGACUCCCCGGGCGAGCUUUGCGUUCGCCAGUUCCUGGCAGAGAACUGUGAGCUCAGUAGCAGCGUCUUAGACUCUUUGCCCUUUCUGCGGCAAGUAGAGUCUCAUGACUUCGAGCUCACGGCUGGCAUGCGGGACACGAAGCUUUUCCGAGACUUCCUCAACGUGCUUCAGGAGAUGGUGGUAUCCGACACUACGGGCCAGAAGCAGUUUCAUCACAUUGCCGUCGAGGGUAAAGAUGGCAAGACUGCCUUGGCCCCGUUGGACGCCUGUCAAACAUGCGCCGUGCAGCUCUGCGUGGAGCGCUUUGAGGCGAACUUCUCCCAGGAGGAGUGGGAGACUGUGCUUCGCGUGGCCUUCCGAGGCUGCGGUUUGGAGUUGGACUACGCCAAGUGGAUUGCUUGCUGCCGCCGCACUCUGCGCUUGGCGCGGCUUAUCAUCACGCUGUGCCUGGCCGAGUGA